CAUGCUGCUGGCCCCCCCAGUGGCAGACAGUGAUGGGGAGAGUGACUGCUCAGACCGGGUUCCUGUGCCCAGCUUCCAGAACUCCUUCAGCCAGGCCUUUGAGAAGGCGCUGAUGCAGCUGGACAAUGGGCCCCCGGCCACCCCACAGCCUGCUCCCAUACCAGAAGAGAAAGGGGGCAAGAAGAAGAAGAAGAAGCAGAAGCUUCUGUUCAGCACCUCUAUGGUCCACACCAAGUAGAAGAGGACUCACACACACACACACACACACACACACACACACACACAC